UACUGAAAACAUGGCUGCAUCAAGUAAAAUUUUUCGCAGUGUUUAUAGCACAAUUCGCUGUAAAAAGCAUCUAAAUAUUUCUAAUUUUAGGAAUGCCUCAAAUGAGAUGUUAUAUAUUGUCAACGGACGAUGCAUGUCAACAGAUGCACGAAAGAAUGAACAACAUGAGUAUGAUUUGGUCAUUGUCGGAGGUGGGAUUGUUGGUACAGCCACAGCGCAAGAGUUGUCAGCUAGACAUCCACAACUCAAGUUGGCCAUUUUGGAAAAAGAAAAUGAUUUAGCUGCUCAUCAAAGUGGCCAUAACAGUGGUGUCAUACACGCUGGUAUCUACUAUGUCCCUGGAACAUUGAAAGCAAAGUUAUGUGUAAAAGGCAUGGAAAUGGCAUAUAAAUAUUGUGAUAAGCAUCAAAUUCCUUACAAAAAAUGUGGCAAAUUGAUAGUUGCCACAGAUCCUAGUGAGUUACCCAGGUUGGAUGUUCUAAUGGAGAGAGGGCUGAAGAAUGGUGUGAAGGAUAUUAAAAUGAUUGGACCAGAGCAGAUCAAGGAGAUAGAACCCAACUGUGUGGGUCUCAAAGCUAUUCAUUCACCUCACACUGGCAUUGUGGAUUGGGGCCUUGUGACCAAGUAUUAUGGAAAAGAGUUUGAGAAACGUGGUGGAAAAAUCUAUAAAAACUUUGAGGUGACCAAGUUUUUAAAUAAACAGGAGAGUAAAGAGGGAAGCAGCACAGGCCUGACACACAGUGUGGAAAUACACGGCAAUGGCCCUCAGAAACCAGUGGUGACCUGUCGCUAUGUCGUGACCUGUGGGGGCUUGCAUUCAGACAGACUGGCGGAGAAGUCCGGGUGCAAUCCGGAGCCUAGAAUUGUGCCUUUCAGGGGAGAGUACCUCUUGUUAGCUCCAGAAAAGUGCAACAUGGUCAACGGAAAUAUUUAUCCUGUACCAGAUCCACGUUUCCCAUUCUUAGGAGUCCACUUUACACCACGUAUGGAUGGCAGUGUCUGGUUAGGACCUAAUGCAGUUUUAGCUUUUAAAAGGGAAGGUUACGGAUAUACACAGUUCAGCUUAUCAGAUUUUACUGAUGCUGUCAGCUUUAGAGGGCUUAGAAAGUUGGCAAUGAAACAUUUAAGUUAUGGUAUUCAAGAAAUGUACAAGGGUAUCUAUAUCAGAGCUCAAGUGAAACAAUUACAGAAGUUUGUACCUUCACUUAGACCACAAGAUGUUAGUAGGGGACCAGCUGGCGUGAGAGCCCAGGCAUUGGACCGUGACGGCAAGUUGGUGGAUGACUUUGUGUUUGACAGCGGAUCAGGUGACUUGGGCAGUCGAGUUUUACAUGUCAGGAAUGCUCCAUCCCCGGCUGCAACAUCCUCGCUGGCCAUAGCAGAGAUGGUGGCAGACAGAGUGGAGGAGCAGUUUAAACUGUAAAGAUGGGGGCUAACAGGAUCUGCAGCAGUUUAAGCCUUAAAGAUGGUGGAUAACAGGGUUUGCAGCAGUAUUAAACUGUAAAGCAUUUGGAUUUAAAAGAGAAGUCUUUCAGGGUAUUACUUUAACAGAAUUAUAUAUAUUUACCAUACUGCUGUUGUUUUAUAAAAUUUAUAUGAAAAAAUUGUUUUGGGUUGUAAAUGUAUAGGCACUAGAUAGCAUUCUAAUUAAUUGUAAAAAUAAGAAAUUUAUUUAGGAUUUUUUUUAUUGCUCAUUAACAUACUAAAGUUUCAACAAAUAAAGAAAACAAUGCUAUCAUUUUAUAGUAUAUAUUUUUUAAAUUUGUUCACUUUUUAUAAUAUAUAUAUAGAUGAAGCUCCAUCUUUUUAAAAAUUUAAAUAAUCUUCAAGAAGAUAUUACUUUGAGCACCUUAGUUUUAAUGGGUUUAUUAUCUUUUUAAAAUUUUUUGCUGUGUAUUUUAUUUAAUGUAUGGGCUGUUCACUUGGCUUUGGAUGCAACAUUUUAUAGCUUUGCCAUUUAUGUUUGAUAUGAUAGAAACAUUUUCUAUUGAUCCAACAACUGACUUUGUUAUAUGUAUGUCUAUUUUGUUUUCACAAUAACAAUGUUAUUUUUAUUGCUUUCAAAAGGCUGUUAUAUAUCAAUUUACUGUAUGCAAUUGUUAUCCAGCAUAAUAUCUGUUAUCUUGUAAGUUAUUUCAAAGUUUUGCACCAUUUUGUAAUACUAAACAGGUUUUCUUAUUCUUAUAUUUUUAAUGAAUUUGGUUUUUAUUAUAUGUGAUGAACCCAGUUUUUCUUCAUGUGAACUUAAAAGACUAUAGAUCUAGAUUGGACUUGCACUUAGUUUGCUUAAUUUAUGUAUGGACGUAGACUUACAUAGAACUUGCAAGUCCUCUCCCACUUGUUUGUAUGAAAACUCCGAGUGGUAGUUUAGAUCUGACAACUUCCCUCCACUGGGAUUGUGUCAUUUUAUUUCACAAGCUGUAAUUCAGUAAUAGAACAUUACUCAUGGUGUUACUGAUUUUAAAUGUUGAGGAGUUGAAAUAUGGCGACUUGGUUGUGUUGGUAAAUUUCUUACAAAUCAUCUUUUCAAAGAUGAGUUUUUGCUCAAAUACUUUUCUAAGUUAGACUACUUAUAUGAGUUAUACUUACUGCCGCAUAUUUAUUAGUUAUAUAAAUUUGUGUAGGCUACAGCUGAUCUAUUUUUUUUAAUGCACUGCCUGGUUUACAAAUUUAACUUAAUUUAUUCACUUUUUUUAUUUGUAUGAUCAGCAGUGAGUUGCUAAAUGGAUGGGGAAAAAUGUAUUCAAAUUUAAAAUUAUUUUGGCUAUUUGAUAAAUUUUUUUAUUUAUUGCAAUUAAACAGAGGGGAAUAAAAGUCAUCUAACACACAGCUGGUUUUGU